UGUGAAUGAUCCAGCAUAAUACACAACUGUAUACAAAAAGAUGGGCAAGAAUAACAGUCUACCCAUCCGAUCCCCAGAUUGACAUAAUCCAGGACCCAACUCAAACUUGAAGAAUAUUGGGGAUGUACAUUGUUGUUAGCUUGUUUGGUUGGUGAACAAGAGUAUUAUAUUGUUGUGAGCUUGUUUCUCCGCAUUGUUGCAAGCUUGCUUGCCUUGGGUACAGUAGAGUGUUAUAUUGCUGUGAGCUUGUUUGGCUGGUGUACAGUAGGGAAGUAUAUUGCUGUGAGCUUGUUUGGCUGGUGUAAAGCAGAUAAAUUGUUGCGAGCUUGUUUCUGUACAGCAGAAUAUAUUAUAUUGUUGCUGCGAGCUUGUUGGCUGACGUCACUUCGGGUUCCUGGAGCUUUUGCCUUGAAGUGAAGCUGAAUAAUAAACCUUGGGAAGAAUCUCCUUCAAUCUGCUGCACAGACACAGACACACAGUGAGGAAGCAGCACGGUUCCACCCUCUGCCUUUAUGUCCCUUCCCAGUGCUCCUGGGGAAGAAGGAACGGGCACACACAGCAGAUUCCCCCUCCAUCACUUUCCCCAAAAAGUAUCCCCGUCCCCGACACUGGAAAGAAAGACCCAGGGACCCCCUAAUCACUGCGGGAUUGAAGAUCAGCUGACUUGUGCGCAGUUAAGAUGUUUUGACUGGAAAGAUCGAGAACAGCAAGCCUGCAGAAGGAUUGAGAAAAACUUGCUUCACUUCCUCGCAGGUGCGGGUGGGUUUUACCAAAUCCUAUAACAGGCAGGGGCUUUUUAAUCUUGAUGUAAGUAAAUACAGCUCAUCAAAAAUCAACAAAGAAUCUGGAAAAGUAAAUUCUAUGCUCUCAGGUCCCCAAGAAGUAGAAUUCAAUUUAUAACCCCUACCAGGAAUGCUCACGCAAGCUCGCUGCCCUGUGUCAUUCCCCAGAGCCUCUACUGUGUGUCCCACCACUACGAGCUUUCUUCUAAUCAGACACCGAAGACAGGUCUUCCACCUCUUGGUUUGAAAACAGUGAUGCCAUAGAACUGACCACACUCUUCACAAUAUGGAAUCUGCAGAGAGGUUAACAACAUCAACCCCAUCAUCAGCAACUCCGUCCUCGCCUUCGACUCCAUCUAUUGCUGUUUCUAAAGGAGGCCUUUCUGCUGGAGUUACACCUCUGAGCUCCACAAUCACUGCUUGCGGACACUUGUUCAGAACAUCUGGAGAUCAGCCGUUUAAUCUGUCGAGUGCCUUUCCGAUGGUCAGCCACCCCAUUUUCGGCCUUCAUGCAGCCAGCUCAGGGCAUUUGGAAUUUGGUGGUUUGGGGACACUGGGUACACCCACCGCCUUAGCUGCACACCCUCAACUUGCACCUUUUCCAGGUGCAGAAUGGUGGCGUACAACUGAUGCACACACUCGUGCUGCUUUUUUCCCUCCGCUGCUGGGGAUUCCUCCUCUGUUCACUCCACCAACCCCAAACCACGAUUCUUCUUUCCACCUGCGCAACUCUGUGAAGAAUGGGCGCAGCGUCCCAGAGAAAGGCAUGAACGGAUCCAUGAAUGGAAGCAGCCCUACAUUAGUAACCAGUAACUGCACAUCCAUACUAUCAACUACAAGCGCCAGUACUGUUGGGCAAACAAAGAGUGCAGCCUCUGGUGCAACAGGGAGGCUUUCUAAGGAGGAUCAAAGCAAGUCAGAUGGCAGAAGUGAAAAAACUAAAGACAAGUUACUAUCCAAAGCUGAGCAGCAGAAGCAAAGGAAAAAAGCAGCAGAAAGCUCCAGCUCCAGUGAUUCUGGUUCAUCUUCUGAGACAUCAAGCGAUGGUGUUAGUAGCAGCGAUUCCGAUGAUUUGGAGGAGGAAGAAGACCAAAGCAUCGAAGAAAGCGAUGAUGAUGAUUCAGAUUCUGAGAGUGAAGCACAAACUAAAAUUAAGAAUAAGGUGCUAUUACAUAACCUGAAAACUGAUGGGCACAAACCUGACAAGUCCCAGGAGAAAAGAACUCACCAGCAGAUACCUCUUAUUUCAGACUCCCAGACUCGCUUACCAUUCCAGUCCCAGCAAAAACAUCCUCCAGUUUUGUCCCAGCAUCUUCCCUUUGCUUUCCCAAGCUCUCAGGCCAAGGAGGAGACUGUGAACAAACACACAAGUGUCAUACAGUGUACAGGACUGGUCUCAAAUGUGAAGCCUUUGACUCUGCUAAAUAAGAGUAAGGAUAACUGUUUAAAGCUUGGAACUUCUUCCACUGAUGGAUUGAAAGCAGGGACUAAAAAUACCUCUGAAGAAUCUGCACCCAGUGACUUGAGGAUAAAAAGGGAUCAACACAAGGAAACAUUCUCAGCGCAUAUAAGCAAGCCACGGGAGAGCUCCAAGCACCAGAAAAAGUCAUUUGCAGGUCUGCAAGUGUCCAACUCUGCCUCUAGUUCUUUAGGUCCCCAUUCAUCAUCCAUAGCAAAUAAACAUUCAAAUCCAUUCUUGACAAAUGCACUGUUAGGAAACCAUCACCCCAAUGGGGUCUUACCAAACGUUAUACAAGAUGUUCCCCUUGCACUUACCACCAAAACAAAGAGUCAAGGUAAAAUAAAUGACAGUUCUGCAUCAUCUCCUGGCUCCCAGUUUUCCUCACCAAUAAAUCUGAGUUCUUCUAUGAGAAAGAAUUCUUCCAGCCAGCUUUCACUUGGGCCUACCAGCCCUCCAGUUCUACAAAGUAUCUGUAAAGAUAAACCCCUGGGAAAACCUAAUUCACCAGCAAUAAAAACUUCCCAUCGUGUCAGUGCUGCAAAGUCAUUAUUAGACAAAUUCCGAGGGGCGGACUCUGACAUUCCUAGCAGCAAGGAUUCUGAUGAUUCUAAUGAGGAGGAGGAUGAGGAAGAUGAUGACGAGGAUGAUGAAGAAGAGGAUGAAGAUGAUGAAGAAGAUGAUUCUGAUAGUCAGUCAGAGUCUGACAGUAAUUCUGAAUCUGAUUCAGAUGGAUCAGAAGAAGAUGAUGAUAAGGAUCAAGAUGACUCAGACAGCGACACAGAAGGGGAAAAAACCCCACUAAAACGUAACAAAACCGCUCCAUCCAUGAAUAGCACAACCAACAGUAUUACUGCACACUCCACUCCCCUAAACCUGCAGGUCAUAAAGAACCCUGGAUCUGCUCCUGCAUCCCUGUGUCCUGAAGCUCAGACCCAAGACUUUCUUGCUUCAUCUUCAGCUCUUAGCCCAAGUACACCAUGUGGUUCUGGCAAAAGAAGAAGAGUAACUGAUGAACGGAACCUGGGCAUUCCUUUAGAACAUGGCUGGCAGCGUGAAACAAAAAUAAAGAACUUGAGCGGCCGUCUUCAAGGGGAAGUGACCUAUUACGCUCCAUGUGGCAAGAAAUUCCGACAGUAUCCUGAAGUAAUGAAGUAUCUCAGCAGAAAUGGAAUAAUGGAUAUCUCAAGGGACAAUUUCAGCUUCAGUGCAAAAAUAAGAGUGGGUGACUUCUAUGAAGCCAGAGAUGGACCACAGGGAAUGCAGUGGUAUCUUUUGAAAGAGGAAGAAAUAGUGCCACGGAUCCGGGCCAUGGAAGGACGUCGGGGCCGGCCUCCCAACCCAGAUAAGCAGCUGGCUAGGGAGGAAUCGAGGAUGAGAAGAAGGAAAGGGCGCCCGCCUAAUGUAGGAAGUGCUGAUUUUGUUGUCAAUGAUGAUGCCAAGUUGUUAAGAAAACUGCAGGCACAAGAAAUCGCAAGACAAGCUGCACAAAUAAAGCUUCUCCGCAAGCUACAAAGGCAGGAACAGGCACGAGCUGCCAAGGAAGCAAAGAAACAGCAAGCUAUCAUGGCUGCAGAGGAGAAAAGGAAGCAGAAGGAGCAAAUUAAAAUCCUGAAACAACAGGAAAAAAUAAAACGGAUCGAACAAGUCAGAAUGGAAAAAGAACUUCGUACUCAACAAAUCCUAGAGGCUAAAAAGAAAAAGAAGGAAGAUGCAGCAAUUGCCAAAAUAAUGGAGGCCAAGAAACGUAUAAAGGCAAAGGAAAUGAGGCGGCAGCAGGCAGUGCUACUGAAACACCAGGAGUUGGAGAGGCAUAGACUAGAUAUGGUAUGGGAACGAGAGAGGAGGAGGCAACAUGUCAUGCUACUUAAAGCUGUGGAAGCCAGAAAAAAAGCUGAAGAAAGGGAACGUUUAAAGCAAGAAAAACAGGAUGAGAAAAGGUUACAUAAAGAACGUAAGCUUGAACAACGGAGGCUGGAGUUGGAGCUGGCAAAGGAGCUAAAGAAGCCGAUUGAAGAUAUGUGUCUUGCAGACCACAGGCCUUUUCCAGAACUGCCUCGUAUGCCUGGACUUGUUCUGUCUGGCAGCACAUUCUCCAAUUGCCUCAUGGUUGUACAGUUUCUCCGGAACUUUGGCAAAGUGUUGGACUUCGAUUCACACAAAGAGAUUCCUACACUAAGUGUUCUCCAAGAAGGCUUAUUAAAUAUGGGAGACAGCAUGGGAGAAGUGCAGGACUUGCUUGUGAGACUGCUAUCUGUUGCUGUUUGUGACCCAGGAGUCCCACCAGGAUAUAAGGCCAAAACAGCUCUUGGGGAACAUAUACUGAAUAUUGGCAUUAACCGGGACAACGUUUCUGAGGUGCUUCAGAUAUUCAUGGAAGCUCACUGUGGGCAGACGGACCUUACAGAAAGCCUCCAGACCAAAGCUUUUCAGGCGCACACUCCAGAACAGAAAUCCUCAAUUCUUGCUUUCCUGGUUAACGAACUAGCAUGUAGUAAAAGUGUUGUCAGUGAAAUUGAUAAAAAUAUAGACCACAUGUCUAAUCUAAGAAGAGAUAAGUGGAUGGUCGAAGGCAAACUUCGCAAGCUUAGAAUGAUCCAUGCUAAAAAGACUGGGAAAAAAGACUCCAUAACUGGGAGUGAAGGCAGCGAGGAGCAGCAAUCUUUAGGAACACCUACUCAAGGGCGCAAGCGGAGGCGGAAGGGAGCAGACAGUGACUAUGAUGAUGACGAUGAUGAUGAUAGCGAUGAUCCAGCAGAAGAUGAAGAUGACGAAGAUGAGGAUAAAAAGAUGAAAAAAGUGGAAACUUGUGACGAUGAGGAUGAUGGCGAUCAAACGGCCACCGUGGAGGAACUAGAAAAGCAGAUUGACAAAUUGCUUAAGCAACAAAAUCAGUACAGGAAGAAGCUGUUUGAGUCUUCCCAUUGCCUUCGGUCAAUGAUGUUUGGUCAGGAUCGGUACAGGAGAAGGUACUGGAUCCUUCCUCAGUGCGGUGGAAUUUUUGUGGAAGGCAUGGAAAGUGGUGAAGGUCCAGAAGAACUGGCAAAGGAAAGAGAGAGGCAAAGAGCAGCGGAAAAUAUCCAGAUAAAAGAAGAGAUGCUUGAAAACUAUGAGGAGAAAGUAAACAGUUUAAAUUCUGGUAACAAGGAGCAAAAGGAAAAAGACAGCACAAAUUUGUUCCUUCAAAAACCAGGUUCCUUCUCAAAGCUGAGCAAAUUGCUGGAAGUGGCCAAAAUGCCCCCAGAAAUGGAUGGUUUAACCCAAAAAGCUAAUGUUUCACCAAAUGUAUGUUCCUUACCAUACACAAAAAACUGUAGGGCCACUCCCAACAACCUACAGCCAAGUACAUCCCAGGGCAAUACUGAGAAGACAGAUUCGAGUUCUUUUACACCACCUGUAAGUGGUUCAGGAAAAUUUUAUAACUCACCAGUGAUUCCCAAUGAGCAGCUGCUAAAAACUCUCACGGACAAAAACAGGCAGUGGUUCAGUCUCCUUCCUAGGACACCGUGUGAUGACACAUCAUUGACUUACAUUGAAUCAUCACCAGCUGUUACUUCCACAGCACAAAGCAGGCUCCCAUCCCAGCCAUCCUCACCUCUUCCAUCUCCUGUCUCCAACCAGUCUCCUGUAACGAAUACACUGGGGAUUAAUCCAUUCACAUUAUCUCCACUUCAGAUGAAGCCAGGUUUGCAACUAAUGGGACUGCAGUUUUGCAGUUGGCCGUCACCAGUCGUUCCAGCAAAUCUUCCGUUUUCAUCUCCAGUACCUGGUAUGGUAUUAACGCCAUCAGAAGGGAAUUCACAUUCUUUCCUGACACCUACCACCCAGCCCAGUAAAAGUGAAUCUCCUAUACCCCAAAGUGAUAAAUCUAUCUGCACACCUCCAUCUGUUGUUGAGGUCCCCAAGCAAGUAGAUUUCCCAACCCCAAGGCCAAUCCCAGAAGAAAUGCAGUUCGGCUGGUGGAGAGUAACUGAUCCAGAAGACCUGAAAUCCUUGCUGAAGGUUCUUCAUCUCAGAGGAAUACGGGAGAAAUCUCUGCAGAAGCAAAUACAGAAACACUUUGAAUAUAUUACCCAGACCUGCAUGAAAACUAAAGAUGUUACCAUCAUAGAAAUGAAUGACCCUGAGGAAUGUCAGUUGACACAGGGCAUUGUGGAAAAUUGGUCUAUAGAAGAUCAGGAAAUGGAGGUAGACUUGGCCAUCCUGCAGCAGAUUGAAGACAUUGAAAGAAGAGUGACAUCUGCUAGCUUGCAAGUGAAGGGCUGGAUGUAUCCAGAGCCGGCCUCUGAAAGAGAAGACUUGGUAUAUUAUGAGCAUAAGUCAGUUUCCAAAAGGCAUAAGGAACAUGGUGGAGAGCGCACAACAGAUGAAGGAGGCAGCUCCAAUGCUAUAAAGCGGAAAAGCGACAACCCUCUAGAUAUAGCAGUAACCAGGCUGACUGAUUUGGAGAGGAACAUUGAGAGAAGGUAUCUGAAGAGCCCUUUAAGUACCACCAUUCAGAUCAAACUGGAUAAUGUGGGCACAGUUACUGUGCCUGCUCCUGCACCAUCUAUUAAUGGUGAUGGUGACGGGACAGAGGAUGACAUUGCCCCGGGGCUGAAAGUAUGGAGGAGGGCGCUGUCAGAGGCACGGAGUGCAGCACAAAUGUCACUGUGCAUCCAGCAACUGCAGAAAUCUAUUGCAUGGGAAAAGUCCAUCAUGAAAGUUGUGGAACAUCAGGAAACUGCCUGUUUGAACUAUAAAGGGAUUAAAGUCACUGGCUUGUCUUCUGUUCGUUUACAGUACUGCCAGAUAUGUCGUAAAGGAGAUAAUGAGGAACUGCUGCUUCUCUGUGAUGGCUGCGACAAAGGCUGUCAUACAUACUGUCAUAGACCUAAAAUCACCACCAUACCUGAAGGUGACUGGUUCUGCCCUGCUUGCAUUGCCAAGGCAAGUGGACACACCUUGAAAAUGAAAAAAUCAAACUUGAAAGGGAAGAAAAGUGUGGAUCUAAAGAAAGGCAAAAAGUCCCCAGGGGACACAGGAGAGGAGGAUUCUGCAGGAACUGGAACUCCAGGGAAAAAAGGGAGCAAAGAUUCCAAAAAAAGGAAAGGGGAGGAAAACAACCUUAGCCCUUCCAAGCAGGAGAGCUCCCCCUCUUCCAAGAAAGCAAGAUCAGCAAAGGAUGAAUUAAAAGACCUAGCUCUGUGCAGUGUAAUCUUGUCGGAAAUGGAGUCGCAUGAGGAUGCCUGGCCUUUCCUUCUUCCUGUAAACUUAAAACUCGUUCCCGGCUAUAAAAAGGUCAUUAAGAAACCAAUGGAUUUUGCUACAAUACGAGACAAGCUGAGCAAUGGACAGUACCCAAACUUCGAAGCUUUCGUUCUAGAUGUCAGACUUGUCUUCAACAACUGUGAAACAUUUAAUGAAGAUGACUCUGAAAUAGGCAGAGCUGGACACAAAAUGAGAGUACAUUUUGAGAAACGAUGGACAGAACUUUUUAACAUGAGCUGAACCCUAUAUCCUAGUUUGGUGGACAACAUGACCAGCAAUGUGAAUGGUAUUUGCUAGAACUGUUACCAACAGACUUUAUUAUGAAAGAGCAGUGAUGCAUCGGAGGGUCUUAUUCCUAACAAAAUGAUAGCCCUUGCUUUAUUGGUCUGUGUCUUUUAUCAACUGCGUCCCUGUUACGCAGUACAGGGACGCACACCCAAAGGCUUUCCAAAACAGGGGUGUUUUAGUUGUGCAAUAGUUGUUUCAAAAAUAUAUAAAACGCACUGAAUCUUCAACCACCAGAGCUAUACUGAGGAAAUGGUUCUCCAUUCCCUUUCAAUAAAUAUUCUAUUUUUUUUUCUUUUUUUUGUAAUUAUUUUUGUUUUUCUGUUAUAUUUUUUUAUUUUGUAGGUUAUUUUUAGCGAAUGUAUUUAAUUUCCUGAAUUAUUUAUAAUUAUACAGCAGACACAAUCUUCGUUUUCUGUGAAAAGGAAGAGUUUAAAAAAAAAAAAAAAAAAAGAAUUGCUUUAAAAUCUUGAAAGUACAACAAGAAUGUUAAAAGAAAAAAAAAAGAAAACAACAAAACAAAAACAAGCCAAGUAAAACUGUUUACACGGACGUGCUGCUGUGGCACCGAUGGAACUUUACUGUAGAAUUACAAGAACAUUUAUAUUAUAUUAUGUUGCUGCAUCACUCGUAUAGUUACGUUGUUUUUCAAGAUGGUGAAGACAUACGGAGAAAUAUGUAUAUACUGUUUAUUAUUGUUUAUAUUAAGUGUGUACAUAUUGUCUGCAGAUGUUAACUGAUGUCUGCCUUAGAAGGAUUGUAGCAUUGAAUUUAGUUUCCAGGUUGAUUAAUCUAUAGCUUGUACAGUAUCCUCUACCAACACUGUGGAGUCUCCCUGAUAUUGGUAGUGCCUGCCUUUCAAACAGGGUGUAGGGGAUAUUUAGGGUUUUUUUUCUCAAUUUUAUUUCUAUUUUUCCUCCUUCUUCUUUUCUAUAUUGUUAUAUGAUUUCAAGCCAACUAGGCCUACAGACAAAGGUAUAAUCAUUUGUAUCCAUGUGAGAUUUCCUACACACAGUAUUUUUUCAUAGAUGCAUUUCCUUACACUUGCCUGGCCCACAGGAGUAAUAAAUACAAUAAAGGCAUUUGUAACCACUGUGUUUUAUCUGCUGUGUGUUGGACCUGUCGGAGGCAAGGCAACCAGACUUUUCUUUUCUACCAGUUGUACUUGAAGUUGUUUUAUUUAAAAUGAAAAAAAAAAAAUGUUGUGAACAGGAUAGUUUUUUCCCACUAGUAUGUGUGGCACGGAUACAAUAAAGGACAGUUCUGCAAUAUGC